AACGUUUUAAAUGUCAAACGAAAAGAAACAACAAAAAAAAUGGUCGUCUCUCCAACUUAUGAUUCAUAUCGCGCAAGUUCAAUUCACUCAGACGAAAAAGAUCAUUUACGUUUUGUUAUUAUCGCCAACCAUAUCCGAAAAUAAGUUUUACGUUAAACUAAUUGAUUUCGAUGCGUGACUAAAUCAACCAAAAAUGUUGUAUUUUGGCUGGAUGUAACAGUAAAAGUGAAAGUGAAUUUUAAGAAACAAAACUGCAAAUGAAUGGGAACGAGAAAGAAAAAAAAAGUUUUGAUCGACCAACACCUUAAAACCAUUAUUGAGUGUUAACUGUUAAGAAUGAAAUUGUGAUAAGGACACCAACAAAGACUUAAGGAUUUGUGGAUUAAAUUUGUGAUUUAUUAAUAAACUGGAUAGUCUAAUCAGUGUACGCAAUUUAUUGUUAACAAUUUCUAGUGUUCUUUGUCUUCGAAAAAAAAUAAUUUUUUCUACUAAAACCACAAAAACGACAAAAGUGUGAUUCUGUCAACAGUUGAACAUUCAUCGGCAAUUUACUUAGUACCAGGAACUAACAUGAUUCCUUUCUAACUGGCCAUUGAUCUGCUGCAAUUAUGGACAAAAUGGAUAAAACCAAUCAAAACACCGUUCCAGUUCCAAAACCUCGCAACAAUUCGCAGUCAACGGCAGACGCGUCGAAAACAUCCUACGAAAAUGUGUCGAUCGAUCUUAUCAACAAAUCGAUCAACAUCAACGCCGACAAUCUUCAGAAUAGCGUCAAGCCAAAAGUCCAAGACAAAACGUUCAUACUUCCAUCGGUGAAUAAGGCAGAACCGUACCGGAAUGUGAUCAGCGAAAUGAAUAAUUUAAACAACAACAUCAAGAAUAACACAAAAAGUUCGGAAGAGUCGAACAAACUUAGCAAUUUAAAUGAAAAUCCACCGAAACCGAUUCCCGCACCGCGACGCAUGGUCCAUGAACAAGUCUACGAGAAUGCGAUCGAGUCGUGCAGUGGUGCUACGAAUUUCUAUUUAAAGGAAACAUCGUCCGGCGCUGUGAGUAAGACACAAAACGUUGCUAGAAAGGCACCGCUUCCACCGGAGAAUGUUGAGGUGAAAACUCCACAAAAGGAGGUUAUCAAACCAGAAAGACGACGGAGAAGUGUUACAUCAAGUGCCGUGGAUGAUGUGGACUUUGUGACGAAACCCUCUCUAGUUAAAUCAACUUCCACCACUUCAAUGAAUUCAACUAACAGCACCAACUCAUCGGAAACAUCGCCGAAAUAUAACAAUCCGUCGCCUGGAGCUCUUCUCAAAUCGAUAAGCGCUACGUCAAAGCUUCUAUCCGAAUCAAUAUCUGAACGGGUCAACAUAAAGACGAAGGAGGCAAGACAUAAAUUCGACAAAAUCCAAAAGUCUUCCCGAGAAAAGUUAAGCGAAACGACCAAAACAGCAACGUCGAAGCUCAAAAAUGUUCGCAUGAAAUUGGGCGACAAUUUUUCGCUGGGACGACAUGAACCGAAAAUGCCACAGUUUUCACCAGAUCGACCGCAAACGGUGCCGCCAAACGAUCCAAUUUUCAAUUCGAUCACAUUUCACAGUCCCCUCAAAACUAAGUCAAACAAUUCGUACAAUUUAGCCACAGCUGAAUCAUCCUAUGAGAUUCCGAAACCGGCAAGGUCGUGCGUAUCCGAAUUCCAUGACGACUCAUUUCUACCAACAUAUGAGGAGAGCCAAGAAGCUCAUCUAUCUAGAGAGCAAUCAUCAAGUCCGGCAGCCGUCAGUACCCAAUCAGACCCUUUCAUCCGGAAUUCGAAUUUAACUCAGAGUCUCACAUCCAGUCGACUAUUGGAGCAGAGUCCACUUCCAGCGAUACGAAUCAAAAAUAAGAGCGAAACAAAUCUAAGUGAAAAUGUCGCAUCGAGUAGCUCCUUAUAUCCAUCCUUGUCGCCAAUCACCGAUGAUCUUCCAUGUCCAAAUUUUCCGCCGCCGGUGUUGAACAAUUCAUCCGACGGUGUCUAUGGAAAAUUGAUAAAAUCAAAUAUUUCCAGUAGCACGGACAGCGACUCGCCAGUACGGGCACCAACUCGUACAAAACGUCGGAAGGACUACGAAACCACGGAGAUUCGUUCGAAACCACCGCGUCAACUCGACAACAUUUCGACCAGGGCUACAAUAGAUUCGGAUGAAUUUGUCGUGUCGGCCAGGAACCCCUUGGAACGACUACCGAGAGUGUUUUCGCGCGAUGUUUCGCAUGACCUUAGCGAAAAAGUACGAUCCGCUAAAUCAGUCGACGAAAAUCCAAUGAAAAGCGAUUCAUGGUCCUUCUACGAUGUGAAUAAUGACGACGAUCGAAACAGUUCGCCGGAACCAAUCUAUGCCAAUGAUGUGAAUUGCGAUGUGAUGGAACCACUUUAUGGCAUGAUCUGUGAUAUGGAGUCGACGGAUGGAACGCUGUUGAAGCCUCAAAGCGUUCCCCGGAAAAGGACGACACAUCCGAAAACAAUAGACGAGGAAUCCAGUAGUGAUGUGAUUCGUGAAUUUGAUCCACUCAUAGUGUCAACGGUGGACGAAAUAUUUGCAAAUCGAAGCAAUGAGCUGCUACUGCUAGAGACUCUUCUGGGCGAAGGAACUUAUGGUCCGGUUGAUAAUAACAGCAAUGAUGAUCACGAUGCCGAUAGUUCUGAUUUGACGGAUGAUGAUGAAGAAGUGCACAGUAGCAGCGCAGUGCCACAACCACCGAAACGUCAAGAUUCUUUAAAUGUGCCAAUAUCGUCACCAAAACUGACCAAGUCAAACACUGCCGAUACUCAAAACCGUCCGUCAGUAAUUAUUCAUCAGAACAUGAGUCUCAGAGCAGACAGCAUGGAAAACAUGCUAGAUGAAGAUACGGCUGUUGCGCCAUUUUUAGCAAAGUGUGACGAAGAAACGCCAGUACCUUCCUCCGUUGAUUUGAGUCGACCAACACCGUCUCAAUCAAAUUGGUUUAUCAAUGACGAGGAGUCAGAAGGUGCCGCAUCAGCUCCAGCACCGAGCACAUCCAACAAUCAAGUCAUCGUGCCAAGGAAGAAACGAGAGGAAAAGUCAUCGGAAAAAGUCAUAAAAAAUGUACUCAAACCACCUGCACCACAUGUGAAAGAUGAAAAACCGCCAUAUGAUCCCCCAUCGUAUAGCGAAGCCGUUGGUGAAGGUCAAAGUGGUGAGAAGUCGGCACAGAAGUCAUCAAUGAAGUCGAUGUUCUCGAAUGUUUUAAACAAAAUGGAAAACUUAAGCAUCAAACGGAAGCCCAGCUUCAAGGGCUCGAAAAAUGACGUGAAAACUCUAAUUGAAAUGAUUCCGAAGCCUCCACUAACCAGCCGACUAAUUCUACAUGAAGGGCAUCUGAUUCGCCUUCCAUCUGGAGUCGUCGACGAUAUAUUGAAGGAACAGCACUUCCGCAAGGCGUACAUCCGGGAGCGAAAGUUCCAAGCCUAUUUCGACAAGGAAUUGAAAACGGCAAAAGAGAACUUUCCACUUGAGCACAUAACAACCGUGCAAUGUGUCAGCACGCACAAGUUUACGAACAAUUCGAUGGACGUUCACUGUUUCGAAAUAACCACAUCGGUUCCCAAAGGCCAGUCGUUCAGUAUGUCGAAUCCGAAUGUUGUCAUGUCGAAUUCGGAUUCGGGUAAUGCGAAAAGCAUUCGAGUGUGUCAUCUGUACGGCGUUGGCAAGGAAUCGGAACGGUAUGUCUGGAUGCAAAAAUUGUUGGACAGCAUGACAGACGUUUUCCCGACGGGAUACACUUGCAAAUUCUACCGCGCAGGAUGGUGUUAUCUUAAGAAUUCCAUAACAUCACAGUGGUCCGGUGCAUGGAUUCUCUUGCAGAAGCAUAAACGAAAGUUGGUAUUCUACUCGAAUGCGGACAUGAAUCUGGAAUGUAUGGACUUACGCAAGGCACGGUGUUUGGUACUUAAAGACAGCGAUGAUUCCAUCAAAAACUUGCACAUUGAAGCGGGACCCAUGCUGAUGAUUGAUUGUCCACCGUUUUCGAUGUACAUGAUAAUGGCAUCACCUCGCGAGACCAAGGUAUGGCGCCACAUUAUCAAAGAAGUAGCACACAACAACGGUCCAUCGUUGAAGGAACAACAACUUACGAAAGACGAUGUGCCGGUCAUUGUGGACAAAUGCAUCAAUUUCAUUUAUGCGCAAGGCUCGAUGUCCGAAGGCAUAUACCGAAAGUCUGGCUCGGAGAAUUCAAUCAACAAACUGCUGAAACUGUUCCGAACAGACGCAUUCAGUGUACAAAUCACCCGGACCGAGUACAAUGAGCACGAUGUGUCGAAUGUGUUGAAACGAUUCAUGAGAGAUUUGCCGGAACGAUUGCUGGGAAAAUAUUCGGCCAGUUUUAUUAGUGUAACAGAAAUGAGAACGAAGGCAGAGAAAAUCAAGGCUUACAAGGAACUUCUAUCCCGUCUACCGACGAUCGAGUACCACACUUUGAAGAAAUUGAUCGGACAUUUGCAGUUCAUCCAAUCGCAAAAGAUCCGAAACAAAAUGGGAGUCGACAAUCUGGCGAUUAUAUGGGGACCGACGCUUCUGCAAGAUAAGAACACCGAAAUGCAAUAUUCCCAAAAGGAAGCUGAUGUCAUCAUCGAAUUGAUCUGCCUGUACAAGAAUUUGUAUCAUUUGACCAGCGACGAACUGGCAAAGGAACAGAUAAUGCUGUCAGUUCUACAGAAGUAUCAUGCAGCGGCUGAAAAUCUCUCCGAUUCGGUAAAACAUUCCGGCGAUUUAAAGGUGUGGAUUACACUGGAUGAAGAUCCAGACAACGAGACCGAGGAAAAGCCACAAGUCAACGUAACGCUGACACCCACAAAGACUGUCUACGAAGUGUGCAAGGAAUUGGCAUCGAAAAUGAACCGAGCUCCGUUUGCCAUCACAUUGAGCGAAAUCAUACUGAACGGUGCACUGCAGCGGCCAUUACAUUAUUCCGAAAAACUGUUCGACGUUGUGCUGAAGUGGUCCUACUGGCCGGAAGCCGAUCGAAAGGACAAUUUUCUUCGGCUACGACCGAUGAAGUUUCUGAGAGACGUCGAACGAGCAUUGAAAAAUCUGCCAAGUGUCUCGCCGAACAAAGAAUUGAAAUUUGCCGAUUGCAAAAGCAAAUCGUUCAAGUCGUACACGCUGGAACUGGUCGGCGACCAGAUCACGGUGAUGAAGAAGGAAAAGAGUGCGGUGAUUAAGGUUAAGGAAAUUAAUUUGAGACAUGCAACUGCUUACAUUGGCUGUGAAAAGAAACGUGACUUCCAAUUGCGAUGGGCCAUCACCCUGAUCGAAACGGAUCCGAACACAAAUAUCAUGAGAACAAGAGAUUCACCGUACAUCGGUCAUGUCAUUGCCGGUACGAACUCCAACGACUCGCUGGUCUGGUAUUCAAGCAUUUUGCAUAGUUUGCAUGGUGAUAAUAUUAUGCCAAAUCCAGAGAUCGUAAUCGAAUAGUGGGGAAUCGAUGCGAUGAGUGCCGGACGAUUUAUGGUGGCAGGACAGUUAUUUUACCGGUCGAGAGUCAAGCAUCGAAUUGUAGGCGAGAGAUUAAAUUUUUGAAAAUUACUGGAACUUCAGGUCGAAUUUGAGGUCCGGUUAAAGCCUCUUGAAGUAGGUGCAAAAAAAAAACGGAGUCUGGCAACACUGCAGCCAAGGUUAGAUACGUUUUUGUUGCAACUACUUUCCCAACUUCUUCAGGGGGUUCCGGUUAACCCAACAAUGUUUUCGAAUUAGUGAUGACUCAACAGAAGGAAAUUUUUCGGUGAGACUUUCUUCUUCAUAGACACGUUCUCAUCACUUGUAAAUGAUCGUUCGUGCUGAAACCUGAUCUAAAUCCACCUUGUUCGACUGGUUGGUAGAAGUCGAACUUUUUCGUGUUCCUUUUUGUGAUGAUUUUCAUGAAUAGCUUGUACAGUGUUGAUAAAAGACUUAUGGGCCGGUAAUUUUCUAGCUUUGUUAUGUCCCCUUUUUUGUGCAGUAAUGUGAUCUCUGCAUUUUCCCAUGCUUCCGGGAUUUUUUCCCAUUGGAGGCACUGAUUGAACAAAGCCGUUAUUGCACUUAAUAGGGAGUCUCCACCUAGUUUAAUGGCUUCGAUGGGAACACCAUCUUCACCAGGUGACUUUUUGUUUUUCAUUUCGUUGACUGCAGCCUUUACUUCUUCAACAAGUAUGUCAGGCAGAUCUUCUGAUCCUACGUUCCUAACGACUGGUCUGUCUUCUUCUGUCGUAGAAUUCGGGUUGGGACGUUUCGAUGAAAACAAAUCUUCAUAAUAUUCUUUGGCGAUAUCUAAUAUCGUAUUUCGGUCCGAUUGAAUCGUUCCUGUUUUGUCUCGUAAUUUGAAGAUUUCUUUCUUCACAUUCAUCAGUUUGGAUCGUAAGACUUUCAUGUUGCAAUUCGCUUGAAUCGUAUUUUGAGCCAGUUGGACGUUAUAUUUCCUUAGAUCUGAUCUCAUUGCCUUGAUUGUCUUGAUAUUCAUUGACUUCGAAAAAGCUUUUGAUUCAGUUGAAACAUGGUCGAUAUGGGACUCAUUGGACGAAUGUAGAGUGGACUCAAGGUACUCCAAGGUGCUCCAAUAUGUGUACGAAAAUGCUACGUCAUGUAUUAAACUUCAUGAGAACACGACGAAAUUCAGGCUAGGUCGAGGUGUAAGACAGGGUGACACCAUCUCACCGAAACUGUUCACAUCAGUCCUGGAAAGUGUUUUCAAGAAAUUAGACUGGAGCAAAAAGGGAAUUGACAUAAAAGGAGAAUUCCUUAGUCAUCUCCGUUUCGCAGAUGACAUUGUCCUAGUCGCCCUAAAUCUAUACCAAGCACAAGUCAUGUUAGAAGAGUUAAAUGAAGAGGCUAACAAAGUUGGUCUCAAGAUGAACUUAUCUAAAACGAAAAUCAUGACAAACAUUGACGACGACAGACAAAUAAAAAUUGGAGAUACAGUUAUUGAAAGAGUCGACAGCUAUGUAUACCUUGGUCACAAACUGAAAUUACGUCUAGACAACCAAACUGCAGAAAUCAAGCGUAGAAUUGGUCUUGGAUGGGCAGCUUUCGGGAAACUCAGCCUGAUUUUCAAAAGCAAAAUGAAUAAUAGUCUAAAACGGAAAGUUUUCGAUAGGUGUGUCCUUCCAGUGUUGACAUAUGGAGCAGAAACGUUAACAUUAACCAAAGCAUCUGAAAAUAAGUUGAGAGUGGCACAAAGAGCCAUGGAACGAAGUAUGCUUGGAAUUACACUCAGAGACAAAAUGACAAACUAAUGGAUCAGUGCCGGACUGGCUCAAAAAAGCCCUUCGGGCGUUGUAUGGAGAAAUUUUUCAAAAGGCCCUUCGUUGUCAUUUAUCCAUACAAAAAUCAAAAGGCCCUUUGGGAAUCGCCCGAACGCCCAUAGGACCAGUCCGGCACUGCAAUGGAUUCGCCAACAAACAAAAGUCGUUGAUGUCAUGGAAAGAAUUGCGUCUCUAAAGUGGAGUUGGGCAGGACAUAUUGCAAGAAGGACAGAUGACCGUUGGACCAAAGCCAUCAUGGACUGGAGACCCCCCACAACAAGACCUGUCGGAAGACCACCAGAGAGAUGGACAAACGGAAUAAAGAAAUACAUCAAAGGUACAUAUGGACACACGAACUGGCAACAAGUGGCAAUGGAUCGUACAACAUGGAAAAAUUUAGGGGAGGCCUACAUCCAGCAGUGGAUACAAACAGGCUAAAGAAGAAGAAGAAGAAUAGACAUGGAUAGUUGGCCCUCGGUAGUUGACCAAUAAAAUUGACGAUAGUUUCCAUCUAAGAAUUAGCAACCUCAAAUUGAGGUUCUCAAUUCUAACCUGAUUUCAGCAGUUUUUGUUGUCGUUUCCAUUCAUUGUUACACUCAAUAGAAAAUUGGUGUUGUCGCUUUGGUUCACAUUUUUGUCUACUGUCUAAUAAAAUUUAGAAGCUCUAACAAGCAUGAACAAUUCAUUGUACACUACAACUGACACUCGGUGAGAAUUUGCUCGUUCGAUUAUCAUCACGUCAUUGAAUUACAGUACAAAGGAUAUGGUCGGCAAGGCAUUUGAGAUGAUCAAAAACCGAAAACAUGCACUUUUCUUACAAAAAUUUCUCCAGUCACACGAGCCGUACAGGGUCGUGUGGGGUGUCAUUGGAAAGGUAAUUGCAUGUACUUCCGGGAUAAAUAUGGUCUAAUUGGGUUUGAAAUGCAUCCACACUGAUAUAUAUGCAGUUGAAGUUUUCGUCAGAAAAGAGACUGAAAACUUUCAUUUUUCUUACAGACAUUUCUCGGUGUACACGAAACGUUCAUGCUCGUGUAACUGAGAAAUUUCUGUAUUUUUGGAAGUGGUUUUGGCUUCUAGGUCGAACCUCUUUUCCACUGGAAAAUGCAUCCGAUUUCGGUCGACUGUUGUUCAAAAGAAUUUCCGUGACCUUUUCAGUCUUUCGCUUGAAUUCGCUACGAAGAAAAAUUUCAAAAAAAAUAUUUUACUCUUGUUCCGUACAUUAAACAGAGCUUAAGUUAAAAAAACCGAUAUUUUUCCGCCUAAAUGUAGGCUAGAUAUUUGCAAAGGAUCCAUUGUUCAUAACUUAUGAUUCAAGUUUGGCCUCAAUAAGAACUUGAAUCAUAAUCACAACAGUAGCUCGUGUAUGCACCGAAUGUUUGACUCUCGAAAUUAUUAGUAUCCAACUCUCUGUCUCUUGAACAGAUAGAAAGACAAAAAUGUUAGAGGAAUUUGCUUCGAAUAUUGAAAUCCAUAUAAUAAAUGUAACGGGUGUGUUUAUGUACUCGAAUCGAUUGAAUAAUUUUUAUUUAAGUCAAAUUCAAGCAAAUUCAAAAUUUCGUGCGUUUAUUACACGUUACAUUAUCCAUUUUCGUUUAACUUUUAGUUUAAUUUUAUGCAAAACAUUUUUUUGAUAUCAAAUGAAAAUUCGUUUUUUUGUAAUAAAAAAGAAAAGAAAUUAUUUUAUAGGUCGAUGGGAUGUUGAAUUUUUUUUAUCGAAAAUUUUAUUGUAUUUUACACAAUUUUUAAAAAAAACAUAGACAAACAUUAUAUUUACAGCCAUUGCUAUAUUGAUUAAAUAAUAAAGAAAUUUAAAGAAA